CUAUCUUCACCAAUCUUUAGGAUUUGAGCAGGAGAAAUACCAGAGGAUCUUUCCUCCCCUCUCUGCUCCUUUCCAUGACUCCCUUCUCGCUUUAAUAAACAGGGGCAAAAAAAAGACGAAUUCGAAAGAGGAUUGUUCAGUUCAAGGGAAUGAAGAAUUCAGAAUAAUUGUGGUAAAUGGAUUCCAAUAUGGAACAUAAGAAUAAGCUGAACAGUUGACCUGCUUUGAAGAAACAUACUGUUCUCUUGUGCAAUCUGUAAAAACUAACCCAAUCAAAAUGAAUUCAACAUUACUUUCUCAGGUUGAAAAUCAUUCAGUGCACUAUAAUUUGUCAGAGGAGAGUUCCCCAUUUUUGGCUUUUGAAAACGAUGAUUGUCACCUGCCCUUGGCUGUGAUAUUUACCUUAGCUCUUGCUUAUGGAGCUGUAAUCAUUCUUGGGGUCUCUGGAAACCUGGCUUUGAUCAUAAUCAUCUUGAAGCAGAAAGAGAUGAGGAAUGUCACCAACAUCCUGAUUGUGAACCUUUCCUUCUCAGACUUGCUCGUCGCCAUCAUGUGUCUCCCGUUCACGUUUGUGUACACGCUGAUGGACCACUGGGUCUUCGGUGAGACAAUGUGCAAGCUGAAUCCUUUUGUGCAGUGUGUUUCCAUCACGGUGUCCAUUUUCUCUCUGGUUCUCAUUGCUGUGGAACGCCAUCAGCUGAUAAUCAACCCACGAGGGUGGAGACCAAGUAAUAGACAUGCUUACAUAGGUAUUGCUGUCAUUUGGGUCCUUGCUGUGGCUUCUUCUCUGCCUUUCCUGAUCUAUCAAGUCUUGACCGAUGAACCAUUCCAAAAUGUAACGCUUGAUGCAUUCAAAGACAAGUAUGUGUGCUUUGAUAAAUUUCCCUCGGACUCUCAUAGGUUGUCUUACACUACUCUCCUCUUGGUGCUGCAGUACUUUGGCCCACUCUGCUUUAUAUUUAUAUGCUACUUCAAGAUAUACAUUCGCUUAAAAAGGAGAAAUAACAUGAUGGACAAGAUGAGAGACAAUAAAUACAGGUCAAGUGAAACCAAAAGAAUCAACAUCAUGCUGCUGUCCAUCGUGGUAGCAUUUGCAGUCUGCUGGCUGCCUCUCACCAUCUUUAACACUGUGUUUGAUUGGAAUCAUCAGAUCAUUGCUACGUGCAACCACAAUCUGUUAUUCCUGCUCUGCCACCUCACGGCAAUGAUAUCCACCUGCGUCAACCCUGUAUUUUAUGGAUUCCUGAACAAAAACUUCCAGAGAGACUUGCAGUUCUUCUUUAAUUUUUGUGAUUUCCGGUCUCGGGAUGAUGACUAUGAGACAAUAGCCAUGUCCACCAUGCACACAGAUGUUUCUAAGACUUCUUUGAAACAAGCAAGCCCAGUUGCAUUUAAAAAAAUCAAUAAUGAUGAUAAUGAAAAAAUCUGAAACUCCUUGGAGUGUAUGGUCCCGGAAGAUAUCUGCUUAAAAGCAAGUGUAGCCAGACAUGUAUACUUUCAUUACCUGUUCUCCAUGUAACAGGACUAAAGUCAUUUAAGAAAGACUGAGAUUUCCCUGUCUUGCAUUUUACUGCUUUUGUUAUGGUUGUCAUGAUUACAUUUGGAACAAAAUGUAUGGGUUUUGGCAUCUCCUGGUAAUCAUAUUGACCAGACUUUCUUCAAGUGCUUUUUGUGGAAUUAUGCAUUUAACAACUUUUAAGACUAUAUUUAUUGGAAUGAAGUUUCUCUGAAGUAUAAC